UCUCCCAAAUAAUGGAGCUGAAGUGGGGAGAGAGAGAGAGAGUCCAAAACUCGAUAGACCAAAGCUUCUUUUUUUUUACCUACAUAUCUCUUUCUUCAUCUGAAUCGGACUUUGUUGUAUCUGAGAGAGAGAGAGAGAGAUAGCACAGAAGGUGAUAGAUCAUUUUGGAGAGAUCAAGUAAGAGUCUUUGGAGAAUCUCCCUUGUUUGUGUUCAUUUUAUAUUACUUGUAUGACAGAAGAAGAUAGCUCAGCGAAAAUGUCAGAGGAUGUUAAGAGAUAUCUCAAGUUGGAUCCACGCUCCGCCGCUGCUUCUGAACCACCUCCCGCUGCUGCAUUGGCUAACAAGUCCCGCAAUUUCAAAUCUUUCGAGCCGCCCUGUCCGGACCAUGUCCUCGAGAACGUUCUUGAGAACGUGCUUCAGUUCCUCACUUCCAGAUGCGAUCGCAACGCUGUGUCAUUGGUCUGCAAAUCGUGGUGGCGAGUCGAGUCUCAGACCCGAUUCGAGGUUUUUAUCGGUAACUGCUACUCGCUCUCUCCUGCUCGCCUUACUCACCGGUUCAAGCGUGUUAGGUCUUUAGUGCUCAAAGGGAAACCUAGGUUUGCUGAUUUUAAUCUCAUGCCUCCUAAUUGGGGAGCUCAGUUUGCUCCUUGGGUUGUUGCGACUGCCAAGGCUUACCCUUGGCUCGAGAAGGUCCAUUUGAAGCGCAUGCUUGUUACGGAUGAUGAUUUAGCUCUUCUCGCUGACUCGUUUCCUGGGUUCAAGGAUCUUACUUUGGUCUGCUGUGAAGGUUUUGGGACUAGUGGUAUAGCUGUUGUUGCUAACAAAUGCAGACAGCUUAGGGUCCUUGAUCUGUUGGAGUCAGAAGUCACCGAUGACGAGGUGGAUUGGAUUUCUUGUUUUCCUGCGGGUGAAACGCAUCUGGAGUCUUUAUCUUUUGACUGUGUAGAAUCCCCUAUCAAUUUCAAGGCAUUGGAGGGGCUUGUGGUUAGGUCACCGUUCUUGAAGAAACUUAGAACGAACAGGUUUGUUUCCCUUGAAGAGCUGCAUCGACUAAUGGUUCGAGCACCGCAGUUAACCAGUCUUGGGACGGGCUCAUUCAGUCCAGACAAUGUGCCUCAGGGUGCACAAGAACCGGAUUAUGCAGCUGCUUUUCGUGCUUGUAAAUCCAUAUCUUGUCUCUCAGGAUUCAGGGAAUUGACCCCCGAGUAUCUCCCAGCUAUCUCUCCAGUUUGUGCCAAUCUCACUUCUCUUAACUUCAGUUAUGCUAACAUUUCUCCUGACAUGCUCAAGCCCAUCAUACGCAACUGUCACAAUAUCCGAGUCUUCUGGGCUCUUGACUCCAUAUGCGAUGAAGGAUUACAGGCAGUGGCAGCAACAUGCAAGGAGCUUCGUGAGCUUCGGGUUUUCCCUUUCGAUCCUCGUGAAGACAGCGAAGGUCCUAUCUCGGGAGUAGGCCUCCAAGCAAUUUCAGAGGGCUGUAGAAAACUAGAGUCCAUCCUGUACUUUUGCCAGCGGAUGACUAAUGGAGCUGUAACAGCCAUGUCUGAGAACUGUCCCCAGCUUACCGUGUUUAGGCUUUGCAUAAUGGGUCGCCAUAGGCCUGACCAUGUGACAGGAAAGCCAAUGGACGACGGAUUUGGUGCCAUUGUUAAAAACUGCAAGAAGCUAACCAGACUUGCAGUAUCUGGGUUACUAACAGAUGAAGCUUUUAGCUAUAUUGGAGAAUAUGGGAAGCUGAUUCGUACGCUAUCUGUAGCUUUUGCUGGGAACAGUGACAAGGCUCUGAGAUAUGUUCUUGAGGGUUGUCCUAAACUACAAAAGCUUGAAAUCAGGGACAGUCCCUUCGGGGAUGCUGGAUUGCGCUCUGGUAUGCAUCGGUAUUGCAAUAUGAGGUUUGUUUGGUUGUCGUCAUGUGCCUUAUCUCGGGGAUGCUGCAGGGAUGUUGCUCAUGCUCUGCCUAAUGUAGUGGUGGAGGUGUUUGGGUCAGAUGAUGAUUACGACGACACUGUCAUUGUGGAUUAUGUUGAGACAAUGUACUUGUACCGGUCCCUUGAUGGCCCAAGGAAGGAUGCUCCAAAGUUUGUAACAAUAUUAUGAAAAAAAACUUGAGUGCAAAUGAGGCCAAUGCUUGGAGAAAGCGAGCAAGCAGAAGAGAAAGUGUUCGUAAUUGUAAGUGCUUCAGAUACACUGUAUGAUUGUUUUGCCAUUUGAUUUGGUUGUGUAGCCGCAAAGGGAGAAAAGGUUAUGAAAGAAUCAAUCGUGUAUUAUUUUGUUUGUGUGGUAAUAUUGGUGUUUUUCACAAACAUUGCCAGGCUUAUUUACAGCCACUUUAGGAAUACUUUCCAAAGAAUUUAUUCGUUAUACAUAACAUCUUAAGCUUAUCUA